GCGGAACACCACAGCGCGAGGCCCCGCAGAGAACACAGUAGCGGCGAAGACGCCUCCCGUUCCACUCCUCCUUUUCUGCUCCUCUUUUCCCCCUUCCCUCCGUCGCUUCCGUCGCGCGAGCUGCACGGCCCGCUGGUUUCGCACUCGUCUCGGCGACUUCCGGACCUGCGGCGUCUCGCGUGACUUCUUCGGGUGUCACUCUGCGGAUCCUCUCUCCCGCCCCCCACUCACUGUCGAACCUUCUGCAUGUCCCGAGCGCGCGAAGGAAAGAAAGGGCAACUGCUGUUCAAAAGGCCAUCCCGAUGGACUGCUUGACGCAGCGGAAAGAACUCGAUUUCCGUAACUCACAGCAGUUCCGUCACGCUGCUUCUCCUCCAUCGAGCAUUGCCGCGAGACACCAGUCUCUUCUGACCGCGUCUUCGUCUUGUUCUUCCUCGUAGCUCCCGUCGCCUCUGCUCUCCUUGUCGACAGUGGCUGCUCGCCCAGCUACCUCUCAGUCGCUUCAAGUCUUUCAGAGGCAACCCCUGUGCUCUGCUCUCUCGUUGUCUCCCUUGUCUCCGCUUCGCUUCGUCUCCACGUCUUCUUCUUUCCUUCGUGCGUUCUCCUCUCUGUUCCCCCGCUUCGCUCUCUGUCGACCUGUUCGCGCAUUCUUCUCCGCUCCUCUCGGUUGCUGCGUUUCUCCAAGCGUCUGUUCGAUGUCCCGCGACAAGGGAGGAGGCCGAGGCGCCUUCCUCGGUCCCGGCCGCCUUGCGCGCGAGUUUUCGCUUUUGCAGAGGCAGGGCGGCGUGCCGCAUGCGCAGUUACAGCCGGAUAUGAACGACACACUGACUUGGCACUUCGUCCUACACGACCUCCCUGCGGACUCCCCUUACCACGGAGGCGUCUACCACGGCAAGCUGGUUUUUCCUCCCAACUAUCCUUUCGAGCCUCCGUCGAUCUUCAUGCUCACGCCCAGUGGACGCUUCGAGGUCAACAAACGCAUCUGCAUGUCCAUGAGCGACUUCCACCCUGAGUCCUGGAAUCCGUCUUGGAGGCUGGAGACGCUGGUGACGGCUUUUCUCAGCUUCAUGCUCGAUGCGGGGGACGCGGCGACUCAUGGGAGCGUCUCGAUGAGUUUCGCGCAGCGCCGACGCCUGGCUCUGCAGUCGUUUUCGGAAAACAAAAAACACAAGAACUUUGCCGCCAUGUUUCCUGACUUCGUGGACGACUCAAAAUACGACCCUGCGCGCGGUUUUUCUCUCUCCGGUGUAUCGCCGGCUGCAGGGAAGAGCGAGGCGGCAUCGAAGAGAAACGCGAUAGCUGGUGAACCUCAAGGUUCUCAGCGCGGCCCUCCAACGCAGGAACCGGGCGCCAUGCACCGAGAGAGUGAGAGAGCUGCGGAGAGAGGCGAAGGAGGACGGAAGGGAGGCUGGUGUCGAGAGAGAAGCCUCGCGACGACUCUGCUUCUCGUCCUCAUCGUGGGCACCAGCGUCGCUGCCCUUCUCUGGCGAUUCCGCGCCUUUCUGCAACAUGACGAUCGGUAGACGUUUCCAUUCUGUCUGCUCGUGCUCUCGCGUUUUUUGUUUACCCUUCUUGUCCUGUUUCUCGCGGGCGUUUCUUCGCUGUGCUCGUAUGCCGACGUCACAGCUUCUCGGCUGUUGUAGAGAGGCUGCAGGAGUUCGCGCUUGUUGCGUCUUUGCCCACUUUGUCGCAGGGUCUCAAGGCCGCGUUUCUCUCAGGUUUUUUUUGCUUGCUUCCUCGAGUCUGCUCGCUCGUCGCGUUUCCUCCUCUGCGCGAUUGACACAUUGGACGAGACAGCCGACGGCCAGGCGGAGGGGGAGCCGCGACGGCGAGAACUCUCGAAAGUCAAGUGGAGAGCGCAUUUCGUCUGCUUGCCUCUCCCCAGACUUUUUGUUUCCUCGUUUCUCCUCGUAACUCGCGUCUCUGCUUCGCGUUCCUGCGCUUCGCGGCUUUUUCGCCUGAGGCGUUUCUUGCUUUUGGCGCGACAUCUGCAGCGUCGUUUCUCUGACAGAGUCUAGCGCGAGGAGGGGAAUAGGAGGCAGAGACGGAAUUUCGGAAGUGCAUCCUGAGGUGCAUAGAAUUGUCGGGAGUGUCUCACGGACUGGAUUUCUUCUGAAAAGUUCAAACCAAACUGAAGCAAAGCAUGCACUUCAUGUCCAGCUGAAGGAGGACGAGAAAACCUAUUUUUGUAGCGCUGCGCAUGCACCUUCUCUCGGCGCAGUGUCUGUACAACACACGUUCAUGCGCAUACACUCGCAUGCAAAUGCAUGCGCAUGCGUACAUGCGAGAGUUUCGCGUUUGUUCGUCCGCAGAUCGUCCAGGGGUCCAUACUCCGCAGCGCCCCUCAAGCCGCUGAAGGUGCUUCGUCAUAACCGUUUUGCGUCGAUUUCAUAUCUUCUUUUUUCACAAAGGAAAUGGCACAUUUUCGCGAUGCGUCCCUGAGC